UCCGGAAAAUUCAGAUUUCAAAACUCCACUCCUCUCUCUCUCUAAACCCCAAGUCCUCUGCCUAUCUCUAAACCGAAUUCCCUACCCUGAUCAUAUGUCCUAACCAGAAACCCCAAGAUCUUAAAAAGAUGCAAAUGCAAUUGAAGGAUUUAUGUCUGAACUGUGUAAAUGAAGCAGAAAUCCAAGAAAAAAGGGUGAAUUCUGCAAAACAUAAACUUUCGCAGUUGUUGGAAUCGUGCAAAACCGCAGCUGAUUCAUCGGUUGAAACCCUAGUAAAAAUUGGGAAGCUUAAAGAGCGCCUGAGAGAGUUGGAAGAUGGUUUGGAUUUGGCUGAAGCAAAGAAGGCCAACAGAAAUUCCCAGUGUGAGUCUAUUACUGAAUCGAUUUCUGCUGCCAAAGCUAGAAAUGAAGAGCUAAAAAACAUCAUACAAAAUCAAAGGGCAAAGAAAGAUGAGUAUGCCACAAUAAUAUCUCGAGUUUUACUUGCUUCGGAGACACUUGAGGAAAUGAAUGAUCAGAAUAUCAGUUACAGGAAAGGGCAAGAAGGGGCAGUCCAAUGGUACAAUAGGUUCCUUGGAUUUCGAAUUGAAGCGGGCCAUGGAAUUAAGUUCAUAUUUAAUAAAGUUGAUCCGAGGAAUCCAGAGAAAGAGUUUUCUUUCACUGUUCGUCACUGGCAAGAUAAAUACUAUUUGCAAGAUUGUGAUCCAAAUUUAGAAGGCACAGACGACUUACUCCGUGAGCUGAAUCAAACUAAUUGUCUUUUCAAGUUUGUGAGAGUGAUGAGAGAAAAGUUUCGGAUGGCUGCAUUGCUUGGAAAUUCUGAUAUUCAUGAAUCUACUCCUCGUCUAGAACAAUCUUCCGUUUCUAUCUCUUUUUUUCAUGGGAGAAGUAAGGAUGAUUCGGUGCAACAGCUUGAAGGACCCGAACAGCCCUCUAAAAGAUUUCUGGAUACAACUCCAAAAAGAGUUCCUCGUUCCCAUGGUUCUCAUCUAGUGUCACCAUCUCCUGAACCAGAAUCAGCUUAUGUCAAGGUAUCAUCUCGACGAAGGAGGCUGCUUUGAGAGCUAGUAAUCGGACGCUAAGCACCUGAUCUGUAGCCAUCUUGUUUUCUUGCCUCUCUCUUGGAGGCUAGCUCCAGGAACUGACUCUGGGCUUUGAAAGUGGCUAUAAGGGCCUGUAUAUUAUGUCUUGAGAGUUAACAUCCCGAUUACAUUUUUUAAUAUUAGCUUAGCUAUGCUUUGGUUAAUGGUAAAUGUCUCUUUUUGUUGAAGUUGUGUCCCUUGAUUUAUUCCUUUUUGGGUUUUGAUUUCCUUAUUCCUUCGUUAUAUAUUUAUUUGUGCUGGGUAAUACACAGUUUAUGCUGUUUUCGUUCUUGUUUGGUCUUUGUUUAUGGUACUCGAAGUGCCUCUUGUUGAUGAAAAGGCCAUCAUUAGACCACGUGGACAAGGCAAUCUACUAUUGAGCUCCACCUUUA